CAUGACCUGUCUAACAGCGAUGCUUACAGUUUCGGUCUCGUGACCCUGAGUGUCGUCUGCAUUCGACGCGGGUUUAAUCUAGUAAACGUUUACUCGAUCGGUCGCUCGCAGUGUGGGGAUGACUGGUGAAGGUGCUGUGCUAUCUAGCAAGUUGUGCAUCUUUGAUAAGCAGUCCAUUCCAUUGGUGAAAGGUAAACAGUGAAUCAACGUGGACCGAGAGUUCAAAUAUAGUAAAAUUAUCUUAAUGUGUUAUCUAGAGAUGGCUGGUUGUGUGGCAACACUGCGUAAGGAAUUUCGCCUCCGUAACUUUGGCUUCAGUGGUGUGAAGAAGGAAAGAUUCUGCAUGCCAAUAUGGCAGGUACCAUUUGUUUUCUACCUGAUCUACCGUUUUGUGCUGAUGGUGUAUGUCAUCUUCUGGCUUGGGUAUACAUCUCACUUUCAUGGAAGUAAUCUUGAAAUUUGGGGUGCAUACCUGACUAACUGGACCUACACAUUGCUGACAGUGUACAUGAUUGUCCACUGCCUAGUGGUCUCCUAUUACUAUGUUUGCACUUUCUGUGGUCAGGAUCGUUACAUGUACAGCUUCUGUAGAAGAAUGAAUGUUGAGUACCAUACAAGCAUUUUUGCAGAGCAGAGCGAGAGAAUGGAGCAUGAGCAUGAGUGUGUUGUUGGUGAAGAACCUGAGACCGAAGUUUUGUUGGUAGGCACAGUCAGUUUCGUUAAUAGACCACCAUGGUACAUGUGCAUUACCUGGGUACUUUUUUCAGCAGUGUCCACUGGUGCUGUCAUGGUGACUAUUGUUUUUUUCGCUUUUUUGUUUCCAGUAAUGAAAGGAGCAUCGGUAAUGUCUUUAGAAAAUGUACAGCUUCAUUUGCUGAACUCUGUUAUCAUACUUCUUGAGAACUUUAUAACUGGUAUACCUUGCAGACUUCUCCAUGUUGUGUAUCCCAUACUUUAUGGGUUAUUGUAUCUUCUUUUCAGUUUGAUUUACUGGGCAGUUGACCACAGUCAUGUCAUGUACCCUAUCCUAGACUGGAACAAGCCAGGACCAACUGUGGGCUUUGUAUUUUUGAUAGGCUUCGUCUUCAUUCCCAUCAUAUAUACUUUUUUCUUCCUUCUGUACCGACUGAAGAUGUCAGUUUUCCACUUGCUUUAUCGCAGAGCAAAUCUAUAAAUGAGAGUUCACUUUUGUUCAAAAAGUUUAAGUCUGAAGCUUUUAUAAUUCCUGUGCAGAUCACAUGUUUUUGGCUAAGAAAGAAAAAUAAGCCAGUCUUGUAUAAAACAAGAUAAGGUGAUAAUCAUUCCAAAAUCUACAUUUGUUUCACGAAGAUCCAGUUUGUCCAAUUUUACUUUUUUGUGAACAGACCAUUUUGCAAUAAUUCUGGUACAGAAGCUGCAUCUUGCUAGAAGAAGAGUAAGUGAAUCUGUAGUUAAAUAAAUUUUUUGGCACUUUUAUAAGUAAUAUUUUGGAUUUAAAUAUUUUGAAUUGUUGCAGUUCAUUAUGUAACCUGUUAAAGUAUUAUUCUUAGACUUCUUGUACAUUUCUGGCACGCCACCUUGCAAUUUUUGUGGUUAUUCCAGAAAAUUUUACACAAGUGCCUCAUAUGGUCUGUACUUGGAUAAAAUAAACAUUUAUCCUGGAGCAGUUAAGAUUACAAAUUUCAAGAGAACAGGCAUUAGAUUGUGUUUGUCUGUGAUGAAUUGUAAUGUACUGCAUUAGUACAGAGAGAGUACUUAUAUUUUCUUCCUUGAUCUUAAUUUUUAAAAUAUUAAUAACCAUGUGAAUCUGUAUAAACAAGCUAAUCAGAGUAAAACUUUUGUUGUUCAGCAAGUAGGACUUUUGAAUCUGGUAUUUCUAGGAUUUCUAAACUGCCAUCGUAGUGUUAAACAUGGAAAGGAUAGUUUUAUGUACAGUUACAUUCAUGAGAUCACGAAAUUAAUUCUUCGGAUGAUUCCAAAAUACAUUUUAAAUUACAUGUCAGAUACAGUGGAUGACACAUAUUCCGAAUUUACAUUUAUUGAUUACUUCCCCUUAGUAGAUUUUUUUUUCAGUCAUCACUUGUUUACUCUAUUCAAAUGGCAUAAUCAGGGUAAUUAAUAAAGCUGUCUUUUCAGCUUAACUAAAACCAUAUAAUGUUUGAUACUCAGGAUUCACAUGUCUUACAAUUGUACAUCACGUUGCUGGCAUGACUAAUAACAUUCCAUUGUUUUAGCUGUAUGUGUAGAGCUCACAAGGUUUAACAUUUAGUCCUGUCCAGCAGAGCUGAAAGUGGUCAGACACUUUGGGUCACAGACCAGAUUGCCUUUUUUUUGGCUGUCCAGAUCGUGAUAAGUUUCCUGGAUGAAGGACUUUGGACAGGACAACGUGGAACACUCUGUUCUUUCAUCUACUUUUAAAAUACAUUUGCAACAUAGUGCGGAAACUCCAGGAGAAAGAGGAACUCGAUCAGUCAGGAGGGUAAAAUGCAAGUAAGCAUAAAAAUCGACUACCAAAAAAAAACAAAUUGCAACAAUCAAUGCAGGGGUGAAUCAAAAAUAUUGUAAACAACCUUGGUUUAAAGGUGUCUUCAAUAAAAAAUCAAAUGACUUCAGUAACAUUUAUGUACAACAUAUGCAACAUUUAGACACCCUUCUUUCACUCCCUUUACGAGUUCUGUAAAAUAAAAUUUUUUCUGUUGCUAUUAAAAUAAUGUACACAUUCUAAUGAGUGUAAUUUGGUAACAUUCUUAGUUUUAACCCCUUCUGUUUGGCUUUGGUAGUACAGUCCUUUCCUUUUGGAUUUUAACAGUAUGUGUCAAGUUUGGGUAUGACACAGACUGGUCUGUGACACACUUCCACUGUGUCCACAUGGAAUGUAUCUUUCUACUUCAUAAUAUGGGAAAUGUGAGGACUGUGUGUUUUGCACUUUCUAUGCAUAUGGCAUUGCUAUAGAGUAUUGCAUUCUGUUGAUGGAUAACUACUUUUUCCUGCCAUUUUGUGUUCAUUUUUUUUUUUUUUUUUUUUUUUUUUUUGAGGGGAGGGGUUGAGACAUCAUUACCAAGCCAUAGGUUUGAUAGAAAACAUCGACAUGCUCUUUGUCAUUCCAUGAACAUGAAGUCUUUAGGAGUCAGACCACAAGAGCAAAUCUCACACCAAGGAGCAAGUCAAGUCUGCCGAAAAAUCAUAAAAGAAAGCUCACUUUGUACUAUCCUCCAAAAUCCUGAUAGCUAAGAGUUAAAACUGCUUGAAAAACAGUAGCAAUCUGUUCCUUGAGCAACAAAUUAUAAGUGGAUAAUUUUCUUAAGUACCAGAAGUGUUGAAACGUCAAAAAAACAAACAGGGAAAUACAGUAAAUCAAUAAGCUGUGACAAAAUAGAAAUGAAUUUACAAAACAAAACGUGUUAGAGAUAAAAUGAGAACCAAAUGUAUUUUCGUUCAAAUAUACUUAAUGUAAUAUUUCUUACACUAGAAAAAGUUGAAUGUAAUAUUUCUGACUGCCUGGUUUAUUUCAUUUAUAUACAUAUUGAAUACAUCUGCUGCUUACAAGUUUCAUAAGCCAAAACAAAUGGUAACACUAUAUGUGUGUCAGUCCACUUAUUACACUUUCUGUGCAAUGGUUUUUAAUGAGAUUAUGCAGUGCCAGUGACUCUUAUUUAUGACAAAGUACCCAGGUGUAUUGAUGAUUCUUUGUAUGAUUGUAAAAAUGCAUAGACAAGAAAAUGUGUAUCAUGUAAUUUCUUGUAAAAC